AUGGAUUUCGUUACAAACAAAAUCGAAGAAAAAACCGGUAUGGACAUCAACAGAGAUGGUCAUAUUGGAGGUGGUGGUAUAACAGGUCAAGCAGAAAAAAUAACACAUAUGGAUUUAAAUCAUGAUGGAGUUAUCGGAGAACGUCCGGCAGGACAUGGAGCUGGCGGAGGUUUGAUCGGCAAAGCUGAGCAAAUCACUAAUAUGGAUUUAAAUCACGAUGGCCGCAUUGGUGGUGGUGCACGUCAUUGA